AUGACCUCGACUGCGUCAAACGCCUGGAUGCCGACCGGACGACACGAGAUCAACAUUGGAACGUCCCUUAUGCGCUCGCUGAAGGCGCGUAAGGGCGGUCCGGUCAAGAACAGCAAGGCGAAGCCUGAUCGCGAAUUCUACUCCUUCCGUUACAAUUUCAAGCCCGAGUCGGUCGACCCGACAAAGCCUGGCUCCAUUGAGAUCAAGAAGGCUAAGGAGGAAGGAGGUCCUUCAAGCGUUAAUGUAACGCGCCCCAGCACGCAGAAUGAGACCGGUGUCAACUACGUUGGCCAAGAACGGUCGGCGAGAGACGUAGACUGCGUUCUCAUCUACGACGAGGAACUGCAGACAUUCACAUUAGAGAAGAUCGAAACAUAUCUGACACUUCAACACGACCCGCGUACGGUACAUGCCCCCCGCCUUGCCAACUCCCCCGUGCCGCCUGCGGCGCAACGCGCACCCGCCGCCGCCGUUCGGGAGGAGGAAGAGGAGAGCGAGGGAGAGAUCCCGGAGCCAGCAAAGUCAAAGCCCCCAUCCCGCCUGAAUGCCUCCGUGGUGCUGCCGAAGACCAAGCCGACCACACCGGUCCCUCAACCGGCGCCCCGUGCCCUCCCUCCGAGCUUGCCCCCGAAGCCAGUGAAGUCGACCCCCACACCGAAACCCGUACAGGCCCCAGUACCUGCAAAGCCCGCCCCCGUUGCAGCCUCAUCCAAGUCUGCGCCGGCAACAGCUCCACCCAAGCCGAGGCCCAGACCCAUCGGGACCUCUGCAUUCCCUUUCAAGGGCACCAACAAGCGCGAGCUCCCCGCGGAUACGGAGGAGACGCCGGCGACGGUUCGCCGGGCUGUCCAACCUCCUCCGUUCAAGAAGGCGAAAGUUGUGCCAGAGAAGAAAGAGCAGCCAGUGGCGCUCGCGUUGCCUGGGGCAGGCGCAUCGCCCGCACUCGCGCUACCGUCUGCAUCGAGCGCUUCCGCAUCUACGCAGCCUCCAUCUUUGUCGCUUCCAACGUCCUCCUCGAUCGUCACCUUGCCCCCCGCACCCGCGGCGACCAUCUCGGCGCUCGACCCUGCUGUGGCUGCAAUCGCCGACUCGGACGAUGAUGACGAUGAUUGGGAAGAAACGAUUGUUCCCCCGCUCGUGCCCGCGGCGGCGGCGGCACCAACACUACCCCCAGUCAUCGUCAUGGAGGAAAUCGAGCCGAGCGCGUUCACGCCCGCUGCGCCCGCGGACGGUGGGGAGGACCUUGAUGACUUCAUGGACCAGUUUGAGCAGGAGCUGCUCGCCGACCCUGAUGCGGACAUGGACGCGGACGGUGACGCGGACGGCGACGCGGAGGCGGACGACGACGACUUCCUCGCGGGCGCGAUGUCGCCCGCGGAGCGGCAGCCCGUGGCUGAUGUAGAAUUCGUGGACGAGGACUACUCAAGCAGCGACUCCAGCGACGAGGAUUGA